UAGUUGAAAACCCCCUAUUUAAAAAGUGAAAAUUAUAUUUUUUAAAAAAGAAAAAUUUAAAAAUCUCGCAUUAAAAGAGCAUAAAGAAAGUCAAAUCAAAAUAUGCCGAAGAAUAAAGGAAAGGGAGGAAAAAAUCGUCGUCGUGGUAAAAAUGAAAACGAGUCAGAAAAGCGUGAAUUGUUGUUUAAAGAAGAUGAACAAGAAUAUGCCCAAGUUACAAAAAUGCUCGGAAACGGAAGGCUUGAAGCAAUGUGUUUUGAUGGAGUCAAAAGAUUAUGUCACAUUCGAGGGAAACUUAGGAAAAAGGUUUGGAUAAAUCAGGGAGAUAUCAUUCUUGUGGGAUUGCGUGAUUAUCAAGACACAAAAGCUGAUGUCAUCUUUAAGUAUACACCAGACGAAGCAAGAAAUCUAAAAACAUAUGGCGAAUUUCCAGAAUCCGUUCGUAUUAAUGAUACUGUUACGUUCGUGGAAGGUGAUAUGGAUGAUGAGAUUGAAUUCGACGAUUAUAGCAGUUCCGACAACGAAGUUGAUCCUGUAGAUGCAAUUUGAUCAAACUAAAAUAUAAUGAAACUUAACAAAUUUAAAGCUCAUCAUUUUUUUUUGUUUUAUUUUCAAAAUUGAGUACAUAAAGUUUUUCUCGAGAACUGCAUUAUUGUUUUAGUUUCAUUUAAGCUGCCUAAAAUUAUUGACUCUUACAC